GUCACGUGGACAGCAUAUGUUCUGAUUAAAUUAGGGUCAAAAUUGUGCAUACUAUUGUGCAUGCCUUUUGCUCGUAGUAGUUAUCUUGACAUGCCAUGACCCCCAUCGGGGUCACACCUGCCUAUAUAUAGUCAAACAGUUAACGAAUGCGUUACCUUACCAAAACAUCAUCAUGAGAAACAUCAUCGUUGCAGCUCUUGCUCUCUUUGCCUGGUAGGCAGUAACUUAAAAAAUUUUUUUUUAGUUCAUUGCAAGUUUUCAAAGUAAACGUAUUUUCUUUCUUUUUUGUGUGUGUGAAAGAUGACUUAAAAGUUUACUAAAAUAAUGUAUUCAUUGGAAAUUCAUAUAUUAUUAUUACUUUGGACAAAUGGAUGUUCAAGAAUGUAUCUUUUUAUUUACCUCAGUUUAUUAUUUUUUUCUAAAUUAAACAAAGUGUAAAAAAAUAUAAGCUGACUGUGACAGUUGAACAAAAUAAUACAUUCAUGCUCUCAAAUUAUUCAUUCGUCUCUUUCAAAAUUUAAGCGUUGUGGCUCAGCCAGGAGGUGGGGGUGGCAAUUUGGACAGAAUUUUCAACCAGUACGCCGGGACUGACAACCAACUCACAAAUGCUGAGUUGAACAGAUUUUGGCUUCACUUUGAUGAUGACGGUAAGAACGUGUCAUUUAGAGAAGAAAAAAACGUAUCAAUUUUUAUUUAUUUUAAAAUAGAUUUUACAGUCCUUUUAAAUUUCCAACGCUAAGGCCUUAGAUCAAAUACGGAAAAAACUAUAGCAUGAGAAGAAAAAGUGGAUUUGGAACGUAUAGCUUGAGUGAUAAUUCAAAAUUUUUAAAUGUGUUUUAUUGAGAUGAAAGGUAAUGGUAUUGCAAAUGACAUGAAUAUAAAUAAAAUUCCACUUGAUUAUUUUUAGCUACAAUAAACCCAUUAAAAAGUCUAAAGAAUAAACCAAUUUCGAUUGUGAAUGACAGUAAAAAUCUUCGUUAAAGGUGACGGUGCAGUGUCCAAACAAGAGUUCGACAGUGGCUGGAGACAAGAGAAUUUCCCCAACCCACAAAACGCUCCACUUUUCUUCCUCGAGUUGGACAGAGUACCUGACGAGGUCCUCAACUCCCAGGACUUCCCUCACAUCUUCAGACUCUGGGAUGAGAACGGUACGUCAGUUUGGAUAGGCUUUUCUCUGAUAAAAUUUAACUCUUAGUAUUCGAUAACGACUUAAUAUUGUUUACUAUUUUAUUCUUUCACUUAAAAUUAUUUUUUUUUAACAAAAAUUAAAACUGACUGAAAUACUUUAAAAUAUAACCUUAGUUACUUGAAAAAUAAGUAUUAUUCUUCUUAACUAAAUAUUGCGCAACGUUAAUGGAUCGUGUAAUUGGGUUCUUGUUAUUUUAUCAUUAGGUGAGACAAAUAACAGCUAAUUUAUUAAUGCCUAAUUUUGCAAAUGUUGCUUGAAAUAAUUAGUAAAAAAAAAUAAUUAAAAAAUAAUAAAGUGCUUUUCUUUGCACUGGCAUUUUGAGCGUAAGGACAAAAAUGGGAUUUGGGUGGAGUACUUGCAAUGUUCUUUAAAUUAAAUUGAAAGGAUUUUUAUCAAAAUGGUUUUUUAAAAUUAUUUAACUAAACAAAAAUUAAAAUAAAAAGUGUUUCUGUGAGUGUGUUUAAAAUCAGAACACAACACUUGAACCAUCAUAAUUACAAUUUAAAAUCUUAAUCCUUAAGUUACUUCCUUCAUACUGACAAUGGAAGAGUUAAGAAGAGUCUAUGUCUGUAAUAUACUGCCAUGUUUUUGGUGACGUAAUUGAGCUUGAUAUGGAUUAGUUCAAACAUUCUUUACUAUGCAGGUGAUGGAUUCGUCACUGAGAGAGAGUUCAGAUUCAACUGGAACGCCUACUUUGAUGAUUAAAUAAAUAUAACACUAAAGCUGUAAUGUUUUCUUAUAUUAAAAAUAUUGAUCAGUAAUAUUCAACGUUAUUUUGUUAUGUAUAAAAGUUGUGGUUUUUUUUAAUUGUGUGCUGUGUAUUUUAAAUUGUUUAAUAUAUUUACAUCUUCAAAAUUAUUUUGAAGGAGACUUUAAAUGUAGUGAACAUAUAAUAUAUAUAUAUAUAUAUAUAUACUUUUUACUUUUAUUCAAAAAUUUGCUAUAACGAGGGAAAAGACAACCUUUUACUAUUACCAUCAAUGUAAAAAUUGUUCCAAAAUAAAAAUAAAAAUAAGACAAGGACGUAAACCUUUUGGUAGAGAAAAAAAUGACUGAAGUUUUGAGCUGUUAAAAUGAUAAGUGCAUAUUAAGUAUAGGUUAACUAGUUAACAAUAGGAUACAAAAUAUACAUUUUUAAAUUUAUAUACGUGUAUAUAGAGUUACCCUAGGUUAUACAUUAAAUAAUUCAAAGACUGUUGUGUAAUAUAAAAAAUGUGUACUUUAAAUCCUAUGGAAGGCUGUUUUAGCCAUAGGCCUCACGUUUCACAUAAGAAACAUAAGAAAAUACUAACUCAAUGCAGCACAACAAACCACGAUGUCAGAGAGCAUGUUCGUAACACAAUAAAUAAUAUAUUUAAGCACAAAUCUGAUAUCUAUUUACUUUUUCUUGCAUAGUUCUUCCGUGUUCACUAAAUCAUUGUUGAUGGUGACAGGUUUGUUUCUUUAUUUUGCCACAUUUUCCAUAACGUCUGCACAUACCAAAACACCAUAUAGUCUGUCCUGGUAUUGUAAAUACGUCAUAAAGAGAAAAAGUAUGGAACAUUUUCAAGACAACUCAGGCCUGAACCUCACCCCCUAAUAUUUUCCUUUUUUUUUAAACAAAACAUUUUUCAAAGAUUAUAUGUGCCAUCAUGAUCCGUGCCAGGAACUCUUAAUAAUGUGAACUUAUCUUUAUAGCAAAUAAUGUACGUGCUACGAGGCCAUCUGUAUUUAAUUUAAAGAUUAGAAAUUAUUCAUAUUAUGUAUGAGCUGAAAAUACCUCAAGUUUUUAAUUUUUAAAAAAAAAAAGAAAAAAAAAUAUUUUUUUUAUUUAAACCACAGCAAAAACGUAUUAAAAUUGAUAUAAUACCAUCAUAAACUCUAAACUGCUCUUUAAAUGGAAAAGUUUAUAAUUUUAAAGAUUAUUGAAAUGAAAUGGUGAAUCGCAAUAAAAUGUACUGGGGAAAAAUAUGGCUACAAUCCCACAUCCGUUAUUAUUUUUUUUUUAAGGAUGCGGCUAUUCGGACCUGGUAUCAGAAGUGAGAGGUUGGGUUUAUUAAAAAAAAUCUUUAAAAUAUUAUUGUAGGGUUUGUACGAUAAAACUUUGGUAUUGAAUCAAAGAUAAGUAAAUAGACUAUAUGUUUAUAAACUUAAUUCUUUAGUUUAACUAAAAUAAACUAUCACAAAGAAUUAAGUUUACAAAUAUACAGUUCAUUCAAUUAUCUAUCAUUCGAUACCAAAGUUUAUCUUACGAACUCAAAAAUAAUAUUUGUAAUAAUUUUGAAUGCCAACGUCUCCCUUCCGGUAGCCGGGUCCGAAUAGCCACUUCGUUUUUUUAAUGCGUGGACAGACCCUACAAACGCAAAGAAAACACUUUUUGGACGGAAGCAAACGCAAAAGUUUCCGGAAACCUAAUUACCGAUAUUAUUCUCCGAUGAUAGCCAAGUAUUGUUAAACUAGUAGCAACCGUUGAUGGAAACCUAGUUGCAAAUACAAAUUUCUGAUGAUAGCCAAAUAUUGUAAAACUUGUAGCUAUCUUUAUCGGGGUAAUCAUCAGAAAUGUACCGCAUCUGCUUCGAGGCGCCUGAGAUAGCUUGUCAUUUAUUGCUUGAGCGCCUUGUAGUGAUUAUAUUUUCAUGAGCUAAAAAGGCUAAGAAUAUGUCACACUUCUGCACAAUUUAGACAUUAGUUGUUUGCUUUUUUUUUUGUUUCGGUUUCGGUUUUUUUUUUCUUUAAUAACAUGAAAGUGCCGGAAACCGUACUAACAUGUGAUUGAUUGUAACUCUCCUCUGCAAUCUUCAGAUGGGGCUAUCAUUAUCCGUAGGUGGGGGUGCAAGAAAUUUUGGAAACUGAGAGGAGUGCAGCGAUGCAAUAACAUUAGGAAGCAGCCGAUCUAGUUGCUCUUGAAGGAAAUAAUGGAAUAAGGAAUGUUGAACAAGGUAUGUCGAGCAAGGUAUGUUGAACAAGGUAUGUUGAAGCUUAAAAUGGAGAAGAUAGGACAUUACAAAUAUAACUUUUCGACUAAAAGAGUUGAUCAGCAGACAGGACAAAACAAGAAACAACAAAGAAAUAGAAAUGAGUUCAAGAAAUGUAAGUGUCUGAAGUUCUCCGUGUUGUAGAGAAACGGUGGAAGCAUAAGUCAUAAAUUGUGGACGGAAAUUAGGUUGUCAAAACAGAAACAAGUGCACUGUCCAAAAGAUUAAAGGAUGUAAAAUAAUUUAGGCAUCCACAAUGUAACAUCUAAGAUUUUAACCGACAUAGAAUAUAUAAAAUAUAGAGAGAAUUUAAGAAAUAAGAUAAGAACAGAAGUGUGGGUAAAUAAAAUUGAAGGCCGCUAGUUAGAGAGUAUUUUGUUGAUUCCAUAUGAUUGAUUUAUGGUGCGGAAAAUUUGAAUUAAUUUGUUUCCAUUCUUCACUCUCGCUGUGAAUUAGGGCAACGGUGGAUAUAUCUCAGGUGCCUUUGUGUUAACCUCCGUUGAAAUGGGUUGAGAACGGGGAUAGCUUGUCUUGUUCGCUAUCAUGAAGAUAUUCUUUGAACCUAUCAGAUACUCCCCUCUCCGAUUCACCUAAAUAAUAAAAAUCACAAAUCUAAAAUUGGUACCAAAAAAUGUGAAUCCCUCUUUGAUGGUAAAGGUACCCAUAAGGCGACUGAUAUAUUUUUUUUCAGUGUAUAGGAGUAGGUCCUUCAAUGACUUUUUGCGCAUGGCUUAGUCCCUAUGUUAGGCACGUUUUUGAGCAUGGUUUAGUUCACAUUAUUAAGAGUUCCUAACACGUAUCGUGAUAUCACAUAAUAUCUUUGAAAAAUGUUUUGUUUUAAAAAUGUUUUAAAAAGGAAAUUAUUAGGGGCUCGGGUUAAAGCCUGAGUAUUUUGCCUUGAAAAUGUUCCAUACGUUUUCUCUUUACAAGGUAUAUGCAAUACCAGGACAGACUAUAUGGUGUUUUGUCACUAUAAACAAUGAUUUAGUAAACAAGGAAGAACUCUAAAAGAAAAGUACGUAGAGAUGAGAUCUCAGAUAGGUACGUAAAGGAAAUUAUUUUUUGUGUUACGAUGACAUAUGAACAUCGUCGUAUGUUGUGCUGCAUUGAGUUAAUAUUUUCUUAUGUUUCCCAGUAUGUGAAAUGUGAGGCACCUAUGGCUUAAACAAACACCCAUAGGAUUCAUAAUACUCUCAUAUUAUUGAUGAUGACACAAAAAGUAUUAAAUUAGUUCAUGUAAAAAUGUGGGGAAUUAAAUACUUUUCUUUUAAAUGUAUAUUUUGUAUAUUGUUGUUUAUGUCGUUAUCGUAUGCUGUAAAUGCAUGUAUCAUUUUAUUAUCUCACAGAUUCAGUCGUAUUUUAUCGCCACAAAUAAGUUUAUAUCUAUGCUUUCUUUUAUAUUUAGUCACAAUAUUUUACAUUCGUUAAAAGCAUAUUUUUGAAUAAAAGUAAAAAUCAUAAGCAUACAUUAUUUGUGCUCACUACAUUUUAAGUUUCCUUUAAAAUAAUUUUGAAAAUGUAAAUAUAUUAAACAAUUUAAAAUACACAGCACACAAUUAAAACAACACAACUUUUAUACAUAACAAAAUAACGUUGAAUAUUACUGAUCAACAUUUUUAAUAUAAGAAAACAUCACAGCUUUAUUGUUAUAUUUAUUUAAUCAUCAAAGUAGGCGUUCCAGUUGAAUCUGAACUCUCUCUCAGAGACGAAUCCAUCACCUGCAUAGUAAAGAAUGUUUGAACUAAUCCAUAUCAAGCUCAAAUACGUCACUAAAAACAUGGCAGGUUUUACACUGUAUCUCAUUAAUUUUAAAGUAACAGAAAUAGACUUGUAUUUAAUAUUCCAUUGUUAGAUAGAAGGAAUAAACUUGAGGCUUGCGAUUUUAAUUUCACCUGUUGUCGAUGUUUUCUGAUUUUUAAGAGUCACAUAGAAACAUUUUUUUUUUUAAUUUUAAUUCUGUAUAACAAAUACAUUAAAAACAAUUAUUUUGAUAAAACUCUUUUCAAAGUCUUUGGAAAAGCAUUUUAACUUACCCAAGCAAAAAUAAUUUUAAUAUGCGAGCACAAAGAAAAGUACGACAAGUUUUUUUUGUUUUUUUUUUUCUUUUUUUUUUGUAUUUUGCUGCUUCUUUGAAUUUGUGACUGCAAGUUUUGGCAGAGAAAUUAUAGAUAUCUCUUAAUAACGAGAUGUUUAAAUAACAGGAAUCCGACGGCAUGAUCCCUUAACAUUAGGCUAAUAGGGAGAAUAAUUGUUUUCAUGUACUUAAGGUAAUGCAUUGAGGUUUAUCAGUUUUAAAUUUAUUUUUUUUUUAAAUUAUCGAUAAAAUUUUUAACUUCGAGCCUGUAUGGAACACUACGGUUAAAAGUAAAGACAGACACCCCUGACAAAACUGACGUACCGUUCUCAUCCCAGAGUCUGAAGAUGUGUGGGAAGUCCUGGGAGUUGAGGACCUCGUCAGGUACUCUGUCCAACUCGAGGAAGAAAAGUGGAGCGUUUUGUGGGUUGGGUAAAUUCUCUUGUCUCCAGCUGCUGUCAAACUCUUGUUUGGACACUGAACCGUCAGCUGUAAGGAAAAAUUAUAAUUUAUAUUUACUUUAAUAUUCUUAUUUUAAUUCUCGGUUUUUAUUUUAAUAAUGGGGCUUUUUAUGCAUAAUUAGGUCAUAUGUAUUUCAUAAUAACAUACAAAAGGUAUUUUUAAAAUAUUAAAUUAUCGUUGUGGAUAUAUGUUCAAAACCUUUUUAUUUUUUUCAUGGUUAUGAUUUUUUAAAUUUUUUCCCCGAAUUAAAUCUAACGUUUAAGUGUUGAAAAUUUUUAUUAGAUUUAAUGUGGGGCAGACUCGAUCUAUGCAAAACUUGCCAGUUUUAAGAAAACUAAACGUUCUUACCGUCAUCAUCAAAGUGAAGCCAAAAUCUGUUCAACUCAGCAUUUGUGAGUUGGUUGUCAGUCCCGGCGUACUGGUUGAAAAUUCUGUCCAAAUUGG